GUCGCUAUUGGCGACGCGAUCAGUGCACGAGUUGCAGUCGCCGCAAGCACUCGAGCCUGAGGAAGGACCCCCGACGGGCCCGAAACAUGUCGCCAAUAGCGACUAAAAAUUCAACACUCGCCUUCACCCUGUAUACCCGAUGUCACGAUGCGACUGCGAAGGUGUGUUCUACAGGGUGUUCUGCGUCAGUCUGCUGGUGAUCGCCUUCACGUUCACCGUCAUUUUGACAAAUGUCUUCGUUGACAUUGAUAACUUGCUCAGCAAGAGGGAGAGAGAAUCAACAGAGAACGUAGGAGUAAUAGAACACGUCACAGAUAAUAAUGAAGCUACGACAGAUAUACCGGACUAUUACAUUGGAGUUGACAACGACGGGGGACGCUACAGAAAUAAGAGGUCUUUAGACUCAGACAAUUUCUUCCUUAGAAUAAACAGCCCAAAAACCAAAAGCUAUCUAACUAACAAGCUAGCCUCAUUACUAGAGGCUUUAGACGAUGAAGAUUCAGACAUGACAACGCCGAAACCAGAAAAUGGCAACAUAUACAUCAAGACAGUAAAACAAAAGAACAAUAUAGAAAUUAAUAACCUACAAUCGGAAAAACAGAGGGGUGAAGAUAUUGUAUAUUUGGCGUUACAUAAAAUGUUGCAGGGAAUUGGACAUGUAAAUAUGUAUGAAUUGAUUGAAAAAAUAAAGACGCUGGUAAGGAAUUUCAAACGUGGAGACGCUCAGAAAGAGAAUGAACAUGCAGAGACUAAUGGAGAAUUUUACUCAGAAACUACACCAAAAGAUAUAAUCGUGGAUGAGGAGCAAACCCUGGACAAUGAAAUGAGAUACUUUAAUAAGGCACUACGGGGUGUAAAUGCCUUCGAUUAUGCUACAAAUGCUGACAACGACACAGGAACUAAAACUUCUAGACAUAAUAAACAUCCAGCAUAUAUAUUAGUCGAUAUAAAACAGGACGAAAAAAAGGAGAAUAAUUCAAAUGGAGAUUUUCAAGGCAUCAUCAAAUUUAUAUACAAUGGAAAACCAAUGAAAAUCAGAAGCGAAGACAGUUCUGAAUCAACAACAAGAACAACACCUGUAACAACAACUACAACAACAACAACAACGACGGAAAAGAAUAAGAAAACGGUAGAAAACACAAUAAAUAAUGACGUCGAAGAUUUCGCUGGUGUCUUAAAAAAUACUUUCAAAAAUAGACACCUGCCAGAUAACUACUUAAAAACAAUUACAUUGGAGUAUCUUAAAAAGUUUGAAAAAUCUAACGAAUCUAUGUCAGCGAUUGAAAAGAAAAAAAUACGAAUAAAAAGAAACGUUGAAUCUUAUGAGAAGCAAACUGAAACACCACACGGUCACACAAAGGACGACGAUGAACUUUUUGUAGAAAUAGAAACGCACUUCGAUAAGAGUGGACUAAAAGGAGAGAAAAAACGAAAGUUAGUAAUGAGUCUUAUCGAUAAAAUACAGAACGCUAUUCGUUCAAGUCGUGAAAAUACUCCAAUCACGCACGCAAAUAAGGAAAAAGACAAUAAUCAACGUGAACCGUUAUUAAAAAGAAUCCAAACUCCACUUGAUCGUGAAACGGUAACAGGCCUUCCCGUCCAACCUAUCGCAAGUCACUCAAGUGUAUAUAGAACUUUGGAUCCUAUUAGUAAAUCUACGCCAAUAGUAGACCCCUUACCACUUGUAGCGGAUCAAAACGGUGAAACAUGGAAAAAACAUGAUACUAAACCAAAAUUCCUUAGUAGUUCAAAAUCUAUAAAUUCGGCUGAAUUAAAUCAAGUAAUGGUUGAUUAUACAAAAGAUAUCAGAUACCCUGCAGUAGGUAAAAGGAUCCAACUUCCUUUGUCGAUAGAUUCGAGUCCAGAAAAUACAAAUGCAGAGGACCUUGGUAAAUUACAGCUUCUUUUUAAAGACAUAGAAGGCACCGGGUUCUCUAUUGGAUAUAAUCAGUAUGUAGAUCAGGUACCAGAUCCAGAAAGUAUUAAAUUAUUCCACGGAAUUGAAAAUAUAGUAAAAAAGUAUCACCAGAAGAACGAUAACCCUGACCAACUUGGAGACCACGAAGGUGACUACGAAAUAUAUGGACAGGAAUUGAAAAAACGUGAGGUCCUAAAUGAUGAGGCACCUCGACGAACCAAAAGAUUUGUUAUGGACAGACAAAAUAUUAGACAGUCUGUUAAAAAAGUAAAUCACCAUCGUAAAAAUGAAUAUAACUACAUUUACAAUAACCAUUACCGCUCUCUCAAUACAUAUGAUGAGGUACAUGAUAUUUAUAAAAGAAGUACCGAAAUUCAAGGAAAUAAUUUACAAGGCAUUAUUUUUAAAAGAAAAGGAAAAUCUUCUCUAAUUAACCGGAAUAGAAAAAAGGGCUCUGUCCCUCUCCAGACGAUUAUGAAUUCUAAUAAAAAGAUGAGGUUCAAUAAAUAUUUAAAUACAAAUGCAUUUCCGCGACAUCUCGGCAAAAUAUACUACGGAAAAAGCAAACGCAGUAAACGGCAAGUAGAUAAAACUGGAUUAGUGAGUGAAAAUACUAACAUGUUCAUAGUUUCUGAUGAUGUAUAUAAUGAUAACAUUGCAAAACCAGAUUUAUUUUUUAUUAAAGUAAUGAAAUCGAACAAACAAAAUCCUCUUAAAAAUAAACCUCUUUUUCAACCAAGCAACCAACCAUUCAGAUCACGUAUUUCAGAAAUAAAAAAACAGGAUGCUCAUAAUACAAAUCCUAUAUUUUUUAAAAGCACGUCAAAUGAUUUUAUACAAAUACAAGUAAAUAAAGAAAGAAAUAAAAGACAACUUCAUACAUUAAGAAUAAUCGACAGAGAUAUGGGUCAAAGAAACUCUGACAUAUAUGCAAAUCAAAGAAUAAUAGCUGAACUAGAUGGACCACAAAUAGUAGAUCGCGAAAAUGAUGAAAAGGCCGACUAUCAUUUUAGCACGUUGAGUAAUAUACCAAAUAUGUACAAAGAUCCAGUAAAUUUUGAUCAUAAUACUUUUAUAUUCUCAAAUAAAAAUCCGACAUGGGAACGAAUGAUAGAAAAUCCACUCAUGGCAAAAUACCCUCAUAUUUUUACAGACACUGAGACCAUAGAGGAUAACUCACACUUUAAAAAAAUUCAAAGAAGUAAAGAAUCUAAUACUCCUUUUGAUAAUGAAGAUAUGUAUCAGUCAUCAAACGUGCGAGACUUAUUAAAAGCUGUCGUGCCAUCUCAUAAGAAUAACUACAAAAUUAGCAUUAGACUAAUACCUCGCGAGAAUAACAAUUAUACAAAUUAUAAUAAACCUGGAUUUAAAGAAAUUCACACUAGCAUUAAUAAGUCUUAUAACAAAAGUGGUUUACGAUAUUCAUCACAAGUAAAUUUUACCGAAAUAUCUAAAGUGGAAAUACCUGAUGAUAACAUAAAUAGAACCCAUAUCUGCAAUCAUCAUUUGAAUUCAACAACACCAAACAUAAAUGAAGCUACGAAUCCCUUACAAAUGGAAAGUCUUAGAAAUAAUUCCCUGGUUGACAGACUAGAUAACAAGAACGAAAGAAAUGAAAGUGUCACAACAGAAUCUAAUGUAGAAAUGAAUUUAUUGGACAUUAUUAUACCGUCUAGUCCACGUAAAAUAUUUCAUUUAAAAGCUGCUGAUUUAGGCAAGCUACUUUGUAACACGUUAAAUUCACAAAAUUCAGAGACGCCAUCUGCAACACAGACAGAAAAUUAUACACAAAAGACGACAACUAUGUCAACUACGACAAUAGAACCGACGACAACGGCGACGACCAUUAAAGCGGAAAAACAUUCUACUCCCGCCACAACGACUGUUGAUCCUUUAAAGAUAAAACUUCUGAAAGCAAUGUCACAGAAUCAACAAUUGACAAGCCAUAUAUUGGAUCGAUUAGACCAAAACACUGACAUUUUACAAGCAUACCUAUCAAAAAUUUCAAGUGAAAUAGCUAAGCUACCUGACAUUUAUACUACUACUACAACUACGACUGAAAAAAUCCCUGUCACACAAAAAAAUAAUAUAAAACCUGCAGCAACGCGUAAUCAAUAUGUCAUAAAUACAUCACCUGUGCUGAAAAACCAUAUAAAGAUUGACAGAACGGCGGAUAUACCCAUAAGUCAAGCCGGUAAUACUAAUGAUCCAAGACGAAAAGGACAGACAAAAUAUUUUAUAGAUACUAUUUUUUUAAAUAAGACAAUUGUGCCGCAUGAGUCAAAUGUUAGACAUCGACUGGAUGAAGAAAAAACAAGUAAGCUCAAUGCAGAUUUAAUUUCGAAUAUCCCAUAUGCGGACCCAUCGCAGGCGUUCGAUAACAAUCAUAUAUUUAAUAAUAUUAAACGCAACGCAAUUGUAAAAAAUAACUCCACUCACUACUAACACAAGUGUGAAGGGGCCAACUGAUUAACAGUCCGCCGGACGGUA